GGCAGCCAUGUUGCUCGAACUUUUACUGAUGUCACUCGGCGUUGCUGUGGUGACCGGUGACGUCAGAGUGGUCAACUCGUGGAAUGACGGUUUUGAGGGGUACAUCACUGCUCCGGUCGGCAAGGACCACGCCAACUGGACACUGACCCUCAUAUUUGACAAGCCGUUGUGGCAACUGGAGAUUUGGGAAGCCGACAUUGUGGGCACUGAACUCAACAACCGAGUAUGGCACAUAAAAAACAAAGACUACAACGGCGCGAAGAAACAGGGGGAGAGCGUAACCAUGAAUUUCGUCGCUAGGGGUCCCGCUAAGUGGGCCUCUGUGUCUUCACUCUCUGGGAACCCUGAAGUUAAAGUGAUGGGAGCGUGGGAUGGAGGCUUCGAGGGGUACAUCAUUGUACCGGUCAGCAAGAGCCACACCAGCUGGACGCUGGGCCUAAUAUUUGAUCAACAACUGCGGAAUCUGGAGAUAUGGGAUGCAGAUGUCGUCCGCAGUGAAAUGAACAAACGAGUAUGGUACAUCAAAAACAAAGAUCACAACGGCGUAAAGCAACCCGGAGAGAGAAUAACGAUGAAUUUUGUCGCAAGAGGCAAUGCUAAAAGCGCGGCUGUGACGUCCAUCAGCGACGAUCCCAAUGCCUUUGUUCUGGCGUCGUGGCAUAACGGGUUUGAGGGGUAUAUAAAUGCCCCAGUCACAAAGAAUCACAAGGAAUGGACGCUGGCUUUGACAUUCGACAAACCUAUUGAUCGACUUGAGAUAUGGGACGCUGACGUCGUCCGUAGCGAACAGAACGGAAAGGUAUGGUACAUCAAAAACAAAGCUCACAACGGCGUGAAGCAACCCGGGGACCAUAUCAAGAUGAACUUCCUGGCGUGGGGCGGUGCCAAAAGUGCCACUGUCACUGGACCAACUGGGGCAACUACCUCGUUAAAUACAGCUUCUGUUUACGAUUAUGAUGAGGUCCUCCGAAAGUCCAUCUUGUUUUACGAGUCCCAGAGGUCAGGCAAACUGCCCAGCACCAACAGGAUAUCCUGGAGGGGGAACAGCGCGCUGGGAGACAGGGGGAAAAACAGGGAGGAUCUUACCGGAGGCUGGUAUGACGAUAUGGGAUGCAGAUGUCGUCCGCAGUGA